GCUGUGCUUUUGCACCCCCUGGGGAAAGUCCCCGGGUCACGCGGUUGUGUGUGGGGAGCCUGUGACGCUCAGGCUCGUCUCCACGCUUCCGCCUACAGAGUCACGACUGAGGACCGUGGCGGAGGUACCCCGAGCGCGGGCCGAACCCCGCCUGGCCACUUGAGUAGGCGGGCGGGCGCGCACGUACGCACGCACGCACGCACACUUCAGCCCCCGCGCCCCUCGUUCCCCGGCUACCAGGCGCGCGGUCACGUGGGCCCAUCGCGGGGCGGCCGGCGCGGGAAGCCGCGCGAGAGCGGACCGCAGGGUGCGUGACCGGCGCCGCCGCGUGACGUGCGCGGCGCGGGAGCCGCCCCUCCCGCACGGAGGAGCCGGCUGGCCGCCGCGGCGGCGUCUGGAUGAAAACACCCGGCCUAAGGAACGUGUAGCUUGAUCGAAGCCCUACACUUUUUGAGUAACUGGACUCCAGGGCUCCAGGCCUUGGUUAUUGGGGUCUCCAGCACACCAGGAGCGCAGUGCCAGUCUAACCCACUCACUGUAGAGACAGUCUGCCAGAGAGCCACAAUGGACACAGCUAGCCAUAGCCUUGUCCUUCUGCAGCAGCUGAACAUGCAGCGAGAAUUUGGUUUUCUGUGUGAUUGCACAGUUGCCAUUGGAGAUGUUUACUUCAAAGCCCACAGAGCAGUGCUUGCUGCUUUUUCUAACUAUUUCAAGAUGAUAUUUAUUCACCAAACAAGUGAAUGCAUAAAAAUACAACCAACUGACAUCCAGCCUGACAUAUUCAGCUAUUUGUUGCACAUUAUGUACACGGGGAAAGGGCCAAAACAGAUUGUGGAUCACAGUCGUUUGGAGGAAGGGAUUCGAUUUCUUCACGCCGACUACCUUUCUCACAUUGCGACUGAAAUGAAUCAAGCGUUCUCACCAGAGACUGUGCAGUCUUCAAAUUUGUAUGGCAUUCAGAUCUCAACGACGCAAAAAACAGCUGUCAAGCCCGGGCUGGAGGUCAAGGAAGCUCCUGCCAGUAACAAUGGCAACAGAGCUGCUGUCCAGGGUGACCACCGCCAGCUGCAGCUCUCUCUGGCCAUCGGGCUGGAUGACGGCACCACAGAGCAGCAGAGGACCCGUCCUGCUGCCCAGGCCUUGGAGGGGCGCCAGGAGCCCCCAGUGUCCAUCAAGCAGGAGACAUGUGACCCAGAGUCUGCCCAGAGCCACCCCUCACCCUCAUCCGAGGCGACAGGCCCCACUUUCACGGAAAGCAGCAUCAAAACACACUUGUGCCAUUACUGUGGGGAACGUUUUGAUUCCCGUAGUAACCUACGGCAACAUCUCCAUACCCAUGUGUCUGGAUCCCUCCCAUUCGGUGUACCUGCUUCCAUUCUGGAAAGCAAUGACCUUGGUGAAGUACAUCCACUUAAUGAAAAUAGUGAGGCCCUUGAAUGCCGCAGGCUCAGCUCCUUCAUUGUCACGGAGAAUGAGCAGCAGCGUGACCACUCAAACCAGGGUGCCACAGAGCCUCUGCAGAUCAGUCAAGUGGCUUUAAUCUCCAAAGACACAGAGCCAGUAGAAUUAAACUGUAAUUUUUCUUUCUCAAGGAAAAGAAAAAUCAGCUGUUCCAUCUGUGGUCAUAAAUUUCUCCGAAAGAGCCAAUUGCUAGAACACAUGUAUACACACAAAGGUAAAUCUUACAGAUAUAACCGAUGCCAAAGGUUCGGCAAUGCGUUAGCCCAGAGAUUUCAGCCAUAUUGUGACAGUUGGUCUGAUGUCCCCCUGAAAAGUUCUCGCUUGUCACAAGAGCAGUUAGAUUCACCUUGUGCCUUAGAGUCAGAGCUCACACAAGAAAAUGCAGACUCUAUCCUUGUGGAGUAGCAGUUUCUCCUUCAUGAUUUUUAUACCCAUGCUGAAAAAGAAAAUUCACAUGAAUUUGUAUUCAUAAAUUAUUUUCCUCCUCCACUUCUAUUAACUCUUUUUCUUUACCAUUGAUUCACAGUUUUAAGGUUGUAUAUAUGAGGUCUUCUUAUUGUAAGAUAUAUUAUACAUAUGGCUAUUAAAAUGUAACCUUCAAGUAGAGCUAUGAAUAUGCAUAAAUCACAAUUUAGAAAUCAGAAAUCAAUGUAGGAACUAUGGAGUUUAGAGUAAAUAUUUAUAGAAUUUCUAAGUUGUAGAAUCAGUAAAACCAAAUUGAAGUAAAUGAAAUAUUUUUUAAAGAACAUUCUAGGCUAUCACUUUUGGCUAAUUUUUCACACGAAUAUGCGCCUAUGAAGACUAUUUAAAAAUAUUUUCUGCCAUAUAGGAAGUUAAAGUUAUUCUACUGCAUAACUAUAUGUUAUAAUCUAUACAAGUUUUGUUUUAGGACAUAGCUAUAAUAAAUCAUAAGUAGUUUUAAAACCACUUUUUACUUAUUAGCUCUGCAGCACCUUACUUGGCUUUUAUUUUUUGACAUUGAGCAUAUCUUAUUUUUAAUAAAAAAUAUUCUAGUGAAAAUAGAGAAAGGGAGAAGAUUCAGACAUUAAAACAAAAUCCUAUGGAGAGACAUAGGAAGAUACAUACAGACAGAUAAACGUAGAGACAGACUCAGAUAGAGCUACACUGACCAACACCCAACACCAGUGUUGUUACCUUCACCUAGAGCAUUUUCUUAAAGACCAUAAGAACAAUUUGAGAUUUUUUUUUAUGACCAGAGGUUUACAUCAGUUUUUAAAGAGGAAAAUGAUAAAAUAGAAAUUAUCUUUCUACUCUCCGUGUCAGAGGAUUUUCUAGGCUGCCCGAGUUGAUGUGGAUUUUCUAAGUGUCACUUGAAAAAGUAAUUCUUCAAUGACACAGUUUUCAUUUUUUUUCUGAUCCAUAUCCAGAGUAGAUACAGUCAGUGUCCUAAAACUAUGUCUAAAAUCCAUGAUAGCUUUCCCUUUGUGAAUAAACUUAGCUCCCUUUUAUAGCAGUGAAACUUAUAAAGCUAUAACAUCAGAAAAAUUAAAACUGAUGGACUAAAUGAUAGAUUCUCCUUCUUUCUGUAGCUGGGGGAUAGCUGGUCAAACUUCACCACAAAGGAUAGACCUAAAUUGUUUCUGAAAUGUUUAAAUUUCGUCCAGAAUGACAAAAGAGGGAGGCUUUGAAACAGCCCCAUCUUUUUUGUAUGCUGCCCCGUCCAAAGCCUCACAGACAUGUUAGUAGAUCUGGUUUGUGAGGCUUAGAAAUUAAGUGUAUACAGAAACUCUGAGCUCCUUUAUGAUGGCAUCCUUCUGAGGACAGCUCCUGACAGUGUCAGGGUUCAGUCAGAAGGGAGCUCAAAGACUAAUCUAGCUCAUUCUGAGGGCACAAAAGGUUUUCUGUGGGUAAACAGUGAGGUAGGUGAAUUUGAAAUCAGUUUUUCUUGAAGGCUGAAUGAAGAAACCACUGGGCAUUGUCUAAGGCAGUUGAGUUUCCAUCUCAGACAAAUGACUAAAGCUUCCUGGGGUCAAGAUUGAAAUGUGUUGAGAAUGAAAUCUAACUAGCUAUUGAUAUAGGAUCAAUUAUAUUGGGAGUGGUUAAAAACAAAUGUGUUGCUCUUUGGGGUCAGAACUUCAUCUAGUCUUAAGUCAUUCAAGCAGUUAUUCAAAUUUACCCUCAAAGAUUUCAUCUCAUAGGAUGAACACAAAUAUUAACAUUGAUUUCAUAUUUUAGGCUAUUCAGGAUAUAUUCCCUAGCCUUCUUCAAGUAAAAGUUUAUUUUUCUCAUUAGGAUAACAGUUUUUUUAUUUCUUUCUUCUCUGUUCUUUCCUUCCUGCCCAGUUGUUAGUCCUUGACACAAGAAAUGUGUAGCUAAAGGGUGGAUUGAGGGUGCAUAUGAGUUGAGGGGUAGGGCAGCAGUGCAGGGCAGAGUCUGAAGAAAUUAAGAGUUUGCUGUGACUGAUUAGCCAUGGCAGACAACAUUAAUUUAAAGCUGAAAUAUAUCUCUAUUUGUUUGGGUGUUAAGAAUGUAAUGGUUAACUGUAUUUUUAUUCUCAUUCAUAUAGUUCCUUUUGAUAUUAGAAGUUCAAAGCAAAUGUUCUUUCUUUAGUCUUUUUUUUUUUUUUAAGAUUUUAUUUCUUUGAGGGGCGCCUGGGUGGCUCAGAUGGUUAAGCAUCUGCCUUCAGCUCAGGUCAUGAUCCCAGGGUCC